AUGGACGCCACGCAGCAGCACGCCAUCCGCACCCACGUCCGCUCCCUCGCCGUCCAGCUCGUCCCGCCCUCCUCGCCCAUCCUCGCCUCGCUCCCAGCCCUGCUCCUCCCCUCGCCCUCACGACCGCUCACGCCCUUCGUCAUCGGCCACGACGAGCGCAAAAUCGACUUCUGGGACGCGCGGCGCGUCAAGGAGUGGGACGACGAGCGUCGGCGCGACGAGCUGUGGGAGAUGACGCGGGCGCAGGCCGACGAGCUCAAGCGGUCGCGCAAGGACUGGGUCGAGGCGGUCAAGCACGUCAAGGAGGAGGGCGAGGGCGUCGAGGGUCUACCAGCGCCGUACACCUUCCCUGCCCGCCUCGGCGACGACAUCAUCCUGCCCCGUGUGCGCCAACGCGCAUGGACCGACCGCACGACCGCCUUUCACCCGCGCUCGACCGUCGCCUCGCUCUUCGGCUCGCCGCCGACCAACCUUCUUCCCGAGCCCGACGAGGCGCUCACCGCCAUCGAGACUGUUCCCGACCUCGACGACGCGUUCGACCUCAAGCUGUCCGUCACGGCCGACCAGUUCGCCGACGUCAAGCGCAUCCGCUCGGCGUACACGAGCCGGGCCCAGCUCGAAGAGUACCUGUGCGAGGACGAGCAAGCCUGGCUCGAGGAGCUUGCGCGUGUUCCUGCAUCCUCGAUUCCUCGUCUCGGCUCUCCGCCAAUCUUUCCUCGUUCCUCCCUCCCUGCACUCGACCCUGAAGCGCUCGUCAAGGACCCGUUCGGCGGGCUGUUGCCCUCGGAGCGCAGCGACUACCCGUCGUCGCCUCGCGGCGCCGGCAUUUCGCAGGAGCAGUGGAACAAGGAGGAGGGCCUCUCGUCGCCGCCGGUAUCGUCGCUCGAGCCCGUUCACUUGGGUCCGCCGCCGCCAAUCUGGUCCAGCUCGCCGGGCAAGCUUGACGCACGACGUGCUCUCGAACUUGAUCCACCGCUUUUCCACCGACUUUCGCAAGCGGCGCUCCCUGCGGCACCUCAACUCGACGUCUCGCGACUCGUACAGCUCCUCCAGGACGACGACCCCGAGACCGACCAGCUCGAGCCGAGCGACCUCGAGGACGGCCCGUUCGCCCAACCUGCUCGCCCGGCGUCGACGACCUUCCCAAUCUUCCCGUCGGACGACACCUUUGGCGACCUCGACGAGCAAGUUCACGGCGCGUCGGUCGCAAGGCGCAUCAAGCCGCCCAAGCUUUCCUCGCCACACGACUGCCUCCUCGCCUCGAUCGCGCCCACCCUGUCGUCCUUCGCCGCAGCCAACGCGUCCUCGUCAUCCUGGGCGCUCGCGCCCUUGCCCGGCCUGCGUGCGCUCACGCUCGACCUGAGCUGGCGAGCCUGGACGCUCCCGGCGGGCGAGACGCUCAAAGACGUCCUGAUCGGCGGCGACGACGACGUCGAGGUCGACGACGACGACGCCGAGCUCGAGGGCGCGACAGAGGCGAGGGAGACCGAGAUGCGGGACGAGACGGCCGCUGUCGGCGAGGAGGACGAGCAGGAGAGCAUCACGGCCAUCCUCGCCCUCCUCAAGGACGUCGAGGACGGUGACGAUGAGGAGCUCGUCCCGCGUGUUCCCGUCGAGGUCGAGCAGCCGGUGUCCAAGGUCGUCAGCCCGCCCAGCGCCGCAAGUCUCGACAACCGCGACGCCCCCGAGACGAGCUACUCGGCCAACCCGCUCCCGACAGACGAUCACGCGCUCCAGAGCGGCGCCCUCGUCGAGCUCGGCUACGCGGCACCGCCACCCGUCAUCGACGACCUCCCGUCAGCCUCGCCACCCGGUCCCGCCGCCGCCAUCUCGGCUCACCGCCGCUCGCCCAUCCAGUCGAGCUCUAUCCCGGCGCCACCCGACAGCAGCUCGAGCGACUUUGGCUUCAUCUUUCCGCCCGCCUCGUCACCAUCGUCGCCGCCCGGACAGCGCCUGAGCGCCGGGUCGUCGCCUGACGAGCGCGUCGUCGAGCUCGUCGACGUCGAGGCGGUCGACAUGCCUCUCGAGCACGCCCUGGCGGCGUCGGCGACGGCGACGAGCGAGGAAGAGCCCGUCGCUCGACUUGAGAAGGCCGAGUCGAGCGGCCCGGCCUGGUCGAGCGCAGCCGCCCUCGACCGCUUCCUCACGAUGCGGGGCCGGCCCGUCGUCGCGCCAGUCGAGCGCGAGCUUCCUGCGGCUCAUGCGGCGGCGACGAUCGUCGACAAGCCUGCACCGCCAAGCGCGCACUCGUCGCCUCCUCCCGGCGGCAUCCCUUUCACCCUGCCGCCCUUCCUCUCCGAGCCUGUCGGGCCCCCUACAUCACCGAGGCACGAGCCGCUGCGCGUCGUCGCCUUCGAUACCCUUCUCCAGAUGCGCCCGCACCUCGCCGCCCUUCAGCGCCAAUCCUUCCUCCCCGUCCACCGCGCCUCGCGCUUCCCGUCCGACCCGCACCGCAUCCUCGAGCCCCACCUCAUCGUCGACCCUCGCUCUGCCAUCCUCUUCCUCGGCCUCGACGCCCUCGUCAGCAACGUCGACCGGGCCGACGAGCCCAUGGUCGGCCCGCUGACGCGGCUCGAGUCGGUCAUGACGACGGUCGGGCGCCUCGCCGCACGCUUCGACCGGCUCCUCGUCGUCCUCGAGGAGGCCGUUCAGCGCGUCGGCGGCGUCAAGCGGUACAGCUUCACGCCGCCGGUGCUCGCCGCGCUGCAGCAGCUCGCGAGCGGGUUGGUCAAGCUCGCAGGCGGGCGACACGGUGUCGAGGUCGCGCUGUCGAAGGUAGCAGGGCACUCGGCGAUGCUCGUCAGGCGGUGGGCCGACUACCUGCGCGAGAAGGACGAGGCGGCGAUGGCGGAGGAGGGACUGCCAGUGCUCGAGCUGUGGGGCGGGCGAGCAUGGCUCUCGGACGACCCGGCGCCUGACGAGGUCUCGCUCCUCAACCUCGCCGACGUCAACGAGCUUGCCGCCUGCGCCAUCCUCGCCGUCUGCUCGGCCGGCGACUUCUACGCCCUCUCGAGCGAGGACCGCCAGGCCGUCUUUGCGCGCAUACUUGGCGAGGACCGCGUCAACCGCAUGUCCGCGUCCGUCUCGACGUUCCAGGGCUUUCUCCCCAUGUCGCCUGGCUCGUCGAGCGGGUUUAUCGAUGCCCCGACCGUCUCGAUCUCUCAGCUCGGCGCGCUCGAGGAGGAAACGGCGGCCGACGAGGACUUUGGGCAGUGGGCCGAGUGGGUCGACUUUGACGCGUCGCAGCCGUCGUAG